UUCUUCAGUAGAAACAGUCCUCCAAGACCUGUUCUUUCAAUCUCAAUAUGGCCCAAACAGUGUUUGGCUAGCUAUUUACAUCUCAGAGGGAGGAAUCAAGGAACUCAGCUGCAUCCCUUCUUGCAAAUUCUAAGAGUAAUCCUCGGAUGAUCUAAUAUGGGGGUCUGCAACUGCAACUCUUGGAACUCCCCCCGACCAGCUGUAUGUAUUCUCCUUUCUUUUCUCUUCCUAUGCUGUCUUCUUGCAGAAGCCCCUCAUGCCAAUGCACUGAGCUUCAAUCUCACCAGGAUUGGGCCUCAACAUCUCAACGUCAAUAUAACACUCUACGGAGAUGCUUAUAUCUCAGAUCAAGGGAUUCAAGUCACCUCAGACGAGCGCCGCACAGACCGUAGAUCGAGAGGCGGCCGAGCCGUCUACAAAGAGCCUCUUCAACUAUGGGACAAAGCUUCUGGGAAUUUGACAGAUUUCAGCACCUAUUUUGCGUUUGUGAUCGACUCAAGUGGGAGCUCAGACUAUGCAGAUGGGCUGGCCUUUUUUCUUGCCCCCACUGUUGAUAGUCCCAAUAAUAUCACUACGGGUGGAGCCAUGGGCCUUCCAAUCCACCCUGAUACAAUACAACCACUCUGCCCAUUUCUUGCUGUGGAGUUUGAUACAUAUUACAAUCCACCAUGGGAUCCUGUAACAGGAUCGAAAACCCAUGUAGGUAUCAACAUCAACUCUCUCACGUCAAAUGUUACUCAAGAGUGGUUUAGCAACAUUACCGGUGGAGCAACAAAUGAGGCUUGGAUUACAUACAAUUCCAGUUCAAAACAUUUGAGUGUUGUUUUCAGUACUUCUCCUGUAAAUAACACAAGGGUCGAGAGAGGUCUUAAUUUUUUGGUUGAUCUUAGGGACUACUUGCCAGAACAGGUUGCAAUCGGCUUCUCAGCUUCAACAGGAUCAUUUUUUGAGAAAAACAAUGUUAAAUCGUGGAAUUUUAGUUCGAGUUUAGUUGUCCCUGACAAGACAGCUUCCAGCCCAGGGCCUAGUGCAGUUUCUCCUACGGAGAAGGGUGGAGGUACCAGCAACAAGAAGGGUCUGGUGGUGGGAUUGAGUGUAGGCCUACCAGCUUUGGUGCUUGUGUUGGCCUUGGCUGGCUAUGUCUUCUGGAAGAAAACUAGAGCAGAGGACGAAUUUGCAGUUGAACUGUCUAUGGAUAGUGAAUUUGAGGCAGGAACUGGGCCAAAGAAGUUUUCAUACAAUGAACUAUCCUGGGCAACUAGUAACUUUGCAGAGGAACAGAAGCUUGGGGAGGGAGGAUUUGGAGGUGUUUACCGAGGUUUCUUGAGGGAAUUGAACUCCUAUGUUGCUGUGAAGAGGGUAUCAAAGGGGUCAACACAGGGAAUAAGGGAGUACGCGUCAGAAGUGAAGAUCAUUAGCCUGUUGAGGCAUAGAAACCUGGUGCAACUCGUUGGUUGGUGCCAUGAGAAAAAACAACUCCUCCUUGUAUACGAGUUCAUGGCAAAUGGCAGCUUGGAUUCCCACCUCUUCAAACAGAAAACCUUGUUGACAUGGCCAAUAAGGUAUAAAAUUGCUCAAGGCCUGGCCUUAGCACUGCUCUACCUACACGAAGAAUGGGAACAGUGUGUGGUCCAUAGGGAUGUGAAGUCAAGCAAUGUUAUGUUGGAUUCCAAUUUCAACGCCAAACUUGGUGAUUUUGGAUUAGCUAGGCUUGUUGACCAUGAUAAAGGAUCACAAACCACAAUUGUUUUGGCAGGCACAAGGGGCUAUAUGGCCCCGGAAUAUGUAGUUACAGGCAAAGCUGGCAAGGAAUCAGAUGUCUAUAGCUUCGGAGUUGUAGCGCUGGAGAUAGCUUGUGGAAGAAAAGCCAUUGACAAUAAGGUCCCAGAAAGCCAGAUGAUACUGGUUCAGUGGGUUUGGGACCUCUAUGGUACAGGACAACUGCUGGAGGCUGUGGAUCCAAAGAUUGGCACAGAUUUUGACCAACAAGAAAUGGAAAGAUUAAUGAUUGUUGGGCUCUGGUGUGCGCACCCUGAUCACAAUCUCCGGCCUCCUAUUAGACAAGCAAUUCAAGUGCUUAAUUGUGAAGCCCCAUUGCCCAUCCUUCCGGCAACAAUGCCAGUGGCAACAUAUUUUGCUCCCCCACUAAAUUCCUUGACAUCUCUGGUUUCUUCUACCUAUGGCACCAACUUUUCUGACAGCAGCCAAGUCCAGUCUUCAAGCUAUAGUUACAACACUGAUUCUUCAAAGGUCACAUCUUCUUCUGCAUCUGCAUCUGCAUCACUUUUGUAUUCAACAACAAGAUGAUUCUAACUGUAUCUGCAUGCCACCUAAAAUUUAUCUGCUACAUAUAUGAUGUAUUACGUAUGAUUAUAUGUAUGUUGUUUCAAAAAUAACAUUGCCUUUUAGUUUGAGAUAAUAAGGUCUAGAAUAGAAUUGGAAGGUGCUGGUGGGAUUGGUGGCGACGGUGUUUGACUAGUAGAGCAAUUAUCAAUGAUCAGAUAGGGAGGAGAGGGGGCUGUUCUGUUUUUGUUGCUUAGUGUUUGUAAGACUCGAAUAUAGCUCUCAUGUGUGUUGGUUUUGUUCCUUCUUUAUACAACCAGUGCUUCCAUUAAAUGUA